UUUUUGUAGCUAGACGAGAACGAGAGGGCAGUGCAGUUUGGUGCGGCUGUGUGGCACCCGUGCAGUUCGAGCUUUUCCUCUGGCGUGGAUUUUUUCCCUGUUCGUGGCUGGUUGUUGUUGUUCUCGAGGAAAGUCGUAAAUAAAUUGUACGGCGUAAACGUGUCCAGGCGUCCACGAUUUUCCGCGAUCAUACCGACACAAAAGACCGCGCGGAUGUGUCGUUAGUGUUACACGUGUUCUUUACGUUCGUCGCAGUGUUUUGUGAAGAAGAGAGGCCAAGAUACAUACGCGGAACUUGGACUGAGAGACGGUGGGAAAGAGAAGAAAGACGACGAAGAAGAAGGAAGAAGCAGAAGAUGAGCAAGACGUGCGCCCGCUGCGAGAAAACGGUCUACCCGAUCGAGGAGCUCAAGUGCCUCGACAAGACACAUACCGAAGGCAAAGGCAACCACAAUGGCGGAGACACCGGAACUAAAACGCAUCGCGGAGAACACGAAGAUCCAAAGUAACGUCAAGUACCACGCGGAGUUCGAGAAGGCAAAGGGCAAGUUCACCCAAGUGGCCGAUGAUCCGGAGACACUGAGAAUCAAGCAGAACAGCAAGAUCAUCUCGAACGUUGCGUACCAUGGGGAACUUCAGAAGAAGGCGAUCAUGGAGCAGAAGAGGACGAUGACCGGCGAGAACGGUGAACAAAUUGAGUACGUAGAGUACACGGACGGUACAAUCGCGCCUACAUCGGGCGUGAACGCGAAUCCACCGGUCGCGAGAACUGCGAAUUCCCCGGUGCAAAGGACACCAGGUAGGAUCGCCGAUUACGAUCCCCUUAGCGAGGCGAGGCCGAGCCCUUAUUCCGCCAGGCAAGCGGCCACUACUGUCAUUUAUACGAGCGACAAGGGACCAGUAACGAAUCCACCUACCAGAAAGAUUGGCUCGGUGGCAGAUAUUGACCCUGUGAACGAAUACUAUGGAUCGUUGACACCAGCCACGAACAACAAUCACGUUCCACAGCAUCAACCUCCUCCACCACCGCCAGCUAAUGUUGGAAGAGUAUACAGAGCAAUGUACGACUACGAGGCGCAGGACCUCGACGAGGUGAGCUUCUGCGACGGCGAUCUGAUCAUCAACUGCACGGCAAUCGACGAAGGUUGGAUGACGGGGCUAGUUCAACGUACAGGACGACACGGCAUGUUGCCCGCGAACUAUGUCGAGCCGGCGCAAAUUUAAAAUGCUUUCUUCCAUACCCUGCCUGCGCGCCGUCGUCGUGUUCGUUUCACCUCGACUUUGUCUGUUCGGUGAUCAGGCCACUUUUCAUCGAAACGCUUCGAACGAAGAAAGUGGCGCAAAAUGAAAAAGCGACACACUCGAAGAACUCGAUCUAACCCAGAGAACUUCUCGGAGAGAAAAGAAAGGAAGAGACGACGAACGAUUCUUUCCCAUCCAUCGCGUGCAAUUGAUGAAAAAAAGAAUGUCGUUUCAACCGGUUCGCUACUUCGUCCAAAGAUUUAUAUUUCAAAAUAGCAAUCAAAUUUUUGUUUUAAUGAUAAUUAGAAACAGGAUUGUUUUAUUUGGGUUUGGAUAUUGGCGAUCGUAGCGAAAGGGUUGAACGAACAGGAUGGAUCGACGAGAAAUUCUUCGUUAUCUCGGUAUACAGUAAUUUGGGUACUGGCAACGAAGGAUUUAAUGAAAUUCGAAUUUAUUAUAAACUUCCACACCGAGUGAGUGCCUUGCAUCGUUUCGCAUUUAAGCAACUAGAAAGUAAUUCCAAGUUGGGACCAAAUUCUACUUCACCUCUUCCACGAGGAAUAUAUUCACUAUCCUUCCACUGAUAACAAUUUUUAUGAAUCUAUCGAUCAAACAUAGCACACCAUUCCGUUGCUUCGAGAAUUCCACGAAGUUGUCUUGAUAGUAUGAUAACAAGGACUGGAAGGUUCGAUAUUCGUCCUUAUUGAAAUAUUAUUAUUUUCAUUUUAAUAUAAGCAUCUGUAGCAUGGAUCUUCUUUAACUUGUAAGAACACAGUGUUAUUUUUUAGACAGAAAUUUUUUUUACAUUCAUAUGUUCUUUUCUUUUUAAGUAGAAAUACUCUUUCAGUCUUUGUUCAUCUUCUUGCUGGUGAACUCUUGAAGUUCAUUACAAUAUUUAUUUGUAAAACUGAAUAGUGCUUCCAAUAUCUUGAACGUUAGGCUCGAACAGUAUAUCCAACGCAUACACGUCUAUUUUAUAUAAUUGUGAUUUUUAAAGGAGAAAAUAACGAUGUGCCUUACACGCGUGUUCACCUUUAAUUAGGACAAUCUUGUGUCGUGAUUUAGAAAAAUGAAUAUACACACUGCGUUCGCGGAAUAAUCGUGAAAGCGAGUCUAGUUAGGAUAACACGACGAGGGAAUGUAAUAUCGUUGAUAAGAAAGUUUUCUUGCCUAGUUGCGAAAGAAAGUAACGAAAAGCAUCGUUGGGAACCUUGAUUCCCCCCUCUUUAAAGUUAAUUAACGACAUUAAUCAACAUUUACCUAAUAGCUGUUAAGUUUUAUCACGCGAGAUUCGUUUAAAUAAUAUGUUUCUUCGACUUUCUACGAUCCUUUCAGUGCUGCAAAUUAUUACAAUUCCUGCAUAAUAGAAAAAGAAGUUAAUCAUAUUUGGAGAUGCUCUUGCAAUUAGCAACUCGUAUUAAUUGAGACUGUGAAAAUUAUUAAGAAGCAUAGUUUGGAAGAUAUAUUUUUAAACGAUCUGCUUUCUUAAUUUCAUACACAUUUUCGUAAAUAGAACAGUACUGAAAGGAUUCGAUAGCUUUUAUAAUAUUCAAUAUGAAAUAUUUCUUCGCGAUGGUCUCGAUCUUCUCGAUUAUUUUAUACCCGCUCGAUGUCCAAUUAAUGUACAGAUAAUAUAGUGAUCGCGGAAAAAUUAAUCGAGAUCGUCGGAUCGCUAUUGCGAAGUAUCUGAAUUCUUUUAUUCGAGUCAUCCAGGUGUAAUUCGUCACCCUUUUUAUAUUUUUGGUAACUAUAGUUAUAAUUGAAAGUUUAUCCGAUAGAAAUUGAUUGCUAAAAAUAAAAUUAUUACCUGUCAAGAUUUUCUUACACCUAGAGGCCUGAAUUCAUAAGGAACUGGACCGUGAAAGUUUUAAGAGAAUUUAAACGAACCCUUCUUGUUAUAUUCUUCUAUAUUCUGUGAAAAAAAAAAGAAA